AUGGGGGAUUCACGCCCAACACAUCAACACGCUGACGCCGACGGCCACUUUCGACGGAAAGACAGUGUAUUUCGGAACUGGAUCUCCAAAGAACCAGGUGCCAAGUUUGCUCCCGAGAAGGAUCGAUAUGCGAUCUACGCCAACUACGGUUGUCCUUGGGCGCAUCGAACCAUCCUUGUUCGCGCCCUCAAAUCCCUUGAACCCUUGAUCCAACUAAUUACCACCGACUUCGAUCUCACCGAGAAUGGCUGGCUUUUCACUGGCCGAAAUGGUUCCAUGGGCGCUGACCCUCUCUAUGGCUUUACGGCCUUGAAACAACUUUACCUCAAGGCUGACCCCAACUAUGUCGGCCGGUACACGGUGCCGGUACUAUGGGACAAGAAGACUGGGACCAUCGUCAACAACGAGUCCAGCGAGAUCAUUCGAAUGCUUUACGACUCGUUUGAUGAAUUCUUGGAACCGGACCAGCGAGAGGUCAAUAAACCUGGUGGGGGUUUCUACCCACCACAUCUCCGCAAGCAAAUUGAUGACAUGAACGAAUGGGUCUACCACACCGUCAACAACGGUGUCUACAAGUGCGGUUUUGCCACCACCCAAGAAGCCUAUGACGCCAAUAUCUACCCGCUAUUCCAAUCUCUCGAUAGACUAGAGGAACACCUCGGAGACCCUGCUCACCAACCCUACCUUUUCGGCGAGCACAUCACCGAAGCAGACAUAAGAUUGUAUACGACUCUGGCUCGCUUUGACGUUGCCUACUACAACAUCUUCAACUGCAACCUCAAGAUGAUAAGACACGACUACCCACGACUGUCCAAGUGGCUACGCAACCUAUAUUGGGAUACGUCAGACCGGACGAACGGCGGCGUGUUCAAGAAAACCACGUUCUUUGAGGUCUACAAGUACGGCUACUUGCGGGCCAAAGGUCGUCAGCUUUAUGGUGGCAGCGACCUUGGGUGGCCCAUAAUUCUCCCCCGGGGACCUAUGCCGGAUAUCGAGCCCCUGACGGACGAGGAGGAGCGUGAACUCAUCAACGGUACGGCCAAGAAGCUGAACGGGCUGAACCUCCAGGACAGUGGAACCGGUCCGAUCAGCUUCAACCCAUUUUCGGCGCAAGGUGACGGACGUGGCAUGAGCGCCAUCUUCGGUGCGGACAUUGACUCGCCGGCCGACGAAGUGGACAGCACGGCCCCCACCACGACGGUGGGUUCGCCAUCGACAAAGGACGAAGAAGAAGAUCGUGAAACCGGCUUUGACGAGAACGGCGAGUUCCACCCUCGCCGCAUGAUCAAACGGCGAACUACGCACAGUGAAGAGAAUGCCAAGUGGUAUAAGGCGGCGAAAAAGGCCGAGAAGAAAUCCGGGGCUCCAACUAUGCAUUUGGCUUUGUAA